UGGGGGCAAAUGGAAACAGAAGGUCAUUUGGAGGGUAGAUGGUGUAGAAAAUUGGCAUCCCAGUUAGAAAGGUAGGCAGGGGAUGUGAGUUUGGUCUAAUGGAGUAGUGGUGAGUAAUGGAAAGUAGUAGUGGUGAUGAGGAGGGGGUUUGGAUGUGGACUUUGUGGAAAUGUGCAAACAUAUAAUAGUAUAAGUAGGUAGCAGGAUGAAAAUUGGGAGAUCUAAAACUGCCCCUGAGUCAGUCACCUAGCAGAGAGGAGCACGAGCUAGUGGGCAGCCAAGGAUGAGUAUGGUGCGGUCUAAGGCUGCUGCCUACAUGCAGUUGGGAGAUGGGGGGAGUCAGGCUGAGUCUAGCUAGCUCUGUAAUCAAGAGGUGAAAUUGUUCUGAAUUAGGUUGCAACUGCAAAAAGAGGAAAGAAAUGUAGUGCCAGGUGCCCAAGGAUGUGUAGGGUCAGGAGACUCUCCUGGGUUCUGGAGAAAAUGGGAACAGCCACAAAGAAGGUGGCACUUAUACCAUAAGUAAUCUGGAGAGUUGUAAGGGUGUUCCAGAAGCAUCCUCUCCAACCAGGUGGGUUCUGGACUCCUCCCCUGCCUCUAGGUCUGGCAUGGUGCCCACUUGCUGCACAGAUCCCUACUUGUCCCCCAAGCCUGCCCUCUUUGGGUUAAGCCUUUGAGUGCUGACAGCAGGCAAGUUUGGGGCCUCUCUUCCACUCCCUGGGACUCCUCUCCUUCCACUUGGUAGUUGUUCUUCCUGGCCAGGCCAUUACAGGUUGUGGUGACAUGAGCUGUGGGGAGUUGUGCUCCUGGGCCCAGCAUGUGAGAAAGGGUCAGAAAGGGUCAGCAAGUGAAAGAAGGAAGGAGGGAGGUUGGUAAGGGAGAGGGAAGAAGCAAUUUCAGAGAGACAGAGAAGAGAGGGAAAGACAAAAGGCUCAAGACAUAUCCUUUAGAGCACUAUGCAGAGACUGAGGUAGACGGGAAGGACUUCUGCCUCCAGGAGGGGGCAGUCAGAGGGCUAUGUGUAUGUGAAAGGGGUGACUAGACUGGGCUGGCAGCUCCAUUGGAAAGAGUGUGCUCAUACGGAGAAGGGGUGUGUGUGUGUGUGUGUGUGUCUAGACCAUAUGCAGUUGUGUGGUACACACAGCAUCUCCCUGGGACUCUGCUCACAUACAGAAUUCUACUGCAUGCAACAAAGAGUCAGUGUGAGGGGCGACGAGGUAUUUAAUAGGGCUGCUGACGGUGUGUCUGGUGUUUGGUCAGGCCUGCCAGUGGCACGUCUGUAGUCCAACAGGGGUUAUUUGAGUGGCAUGCAGGUGAACAAGAUUGCACAAAGCCCCCUUUUUGGAAACUUCAACUGGGCUUCCUCCUACCUCAUUUUCACCCCAUGAAUCUGCCCUAGGGCCCUGGAGAAGUGGGAAGAAAUCACCCUCCCCACAUAAAUGUACUCCUUGCAGAGAACCAUACCACUUAACCUCUUGGGACUUGAUUUUCCCAGGAUCUGGGAGCGGCAACUAAAGGAGCUGGAGUAAAGAGGGAGAGGAGAAAGAGAAUAUAGUGUGAGAAUGCUGAGAGCUAGAGGUCAGUCCUAGGGAAGUUCUCCUUUUGCUCCUGUGCUCUGGAAACACUGACAUCAAGGUCAGGGUUCAAAAUGGGGCCAAGGUAGGGGAAGUGGUCAGGUUCGGAUCCAUCCCCAAAAGCUGUUCUGAAGGAGGGAGGCUGAAAGGAGAAAUCUAAGGAGGAGCCAGAACCAGGGCAGGUAGCUGGGGAGGGUGUGGCUAGGCUACCAUUGAGGGACAGGUCUGGGCAGGGAGGUGGCAGGAGAGAGAGGGGGAGAAGGAGAAGGCUUGGAGGUGGGUCUCUACACAGCUGAAGUGGAGGUGGGACACACAGCACCUAGUGGUAGUUCAGAAGGAGACAGAGGGGAAAGGAAAGGAUUCUGGAGUCUGGUAAACUCCAGAGUAGCAGAGUGGCCGAAGGGUGAGAAAGCACCCUCUCUCAUUUCUCUGAGCUGAUGUCCUUCUUUUUGGCUGGGACCAUAUAAUGGAGAGAGAUUAGAGACCUAGAGUUGAUAUCAAAGCCAUACUCCCUCUGAGUCUGUACCUCUCUCAUUACCCUCUCCUAUAUUAAGGCACAGAAGGUGGUCUGUGAAGGAGCCUGGCACUUCUCCCCAGGGCUGGCUUUGGAUUAUAUUGCUAGGUUUCUGGCAACUUGGAGAUAUCCUUUUUGAGAAGGGAAGUCUUACACCAUUUCUUGGGGCUCUCCAGAGGCCUGAAGGGGUUAGGCAGGUGUCUCAGAGCCCCAUGGUAGAGGAGGGGAGACGUGAGGGGAGCAUGAGCUGCCUGGGCAAGCACAGGCCUGUGCACAUGGAAAGCAGAGGGUGUGUGUGUGUAUGCCCAUGUAUGUGUAUGCAACCCUGUUGUCUGUGUCCCUGUGCAGCUCCAAGUUUGUGAAUGCUGGUGUGCUACAUAUUUGGUUCAUUCAGGGAACAGAAUGUGAUAGAGGGAAGGGAAGCCUUGCCCUUUUCCCCCUCCUGAGGAGGGCUGAGGUCCUGAGGACCCAGCCCAGCUUUUCCUCUGAACCUUGUGUCACUACUGUGGCCAUGGGGCCAUUGUCCCUAGGACAAGGAGCCCAGAUCACCGCACUAAGUCACAUGGAGAAAAUGCAGGCAGGCUGGCACAGGGAGAAGAGUCCUACUUAUAAGAAACUGAAAAAGAGAGCCUCAUAGAAUUAAGGAAGAUGAGGGUCAGCAAUGCAGGCCCAAAGGUUCAGACACAGAGGCAGGGAGAACUAGCAGGCGGGUAAGAGUGGCUGGUGGAUGGCAGCGAGGCCUCCUCCAGGAAAAAGCCCCAGCCGGCUGCCUCCUUUCUCCUCCCCACCCGGUCUCUCCUCCUCCAGCUCCGGCUCCAGCUCCAGGCCGACACAAACGGGGCUUUGAUUGCAACAGGAAACCUCUUCGGCGGGGGGAGCUGGGCAAGCCGCCGCUGGGGCCCGGGCUGCACCCCCCUCUCCUGGCCCCCUACCCGGUCCCAGCCCCCAUCCUGCCCAGCGCUCCUCACUCCUCACGUCUUGCCUUGGGCCCUGUUCUGCAUUCGCACCUCCCUAUUCUCCCGCUCUUCUGCUGCCUCCUUCUCCAGAGAGCCCCUCCUAUUGCCCUUCAGGUGGGACUCCUAGUUGGGACUUCCCUUCUGGGCAGGACCUGCUUUACUUGAAAUGCCCCCUUUUCAGUUUUUUUGAGGGAAGGUUUUGGAAAAAAGGGAGAAGUUAGCAUGAGGACUUCAGAUCCAGUUAUCCUAAAGCCCCAUGCAGAAGGUGGCUGAAGUAGGAGAAUGGAGUGGAUAAGGAUUUUGCUGUCCCCUACUCCUGCUUGUCCUAGCCAAACUCAUCCUUGCCAGAGUGGUAGGGGCUUGGAGGGGUGACCAUGCAAGAAUCCCAGUGCUAUGGCUUCGGUAGUGGGGGAGGGGUGCACUCCUCUUUGCCUCUGGGACCAUGCCUUUGUGGGGCUCUAGCUGGGAGGGGAUGUGCCCUGGUGGUGGGGCUCAGAGAGAAGGGGGUGAGUCAGGCAGCAGCCCCUCUCAUACUCCCACCAGGCUGGUGGAGAACAUCUGGUUCCCAUGAAAUGCUAGAAGGCUAAUGGGUCUAAUUGCUGCAAUAAGGGCUGGGGGGACUUUGGGGGAAAGAAGGGGCACUGUAUCCCCCAACCUCUUACCUUCACCCUAAGGCUCCACUUGUCUGUCUAGAAUGGGGGUUGGGGUUGAUGGGAAGGGUAGGUCUGGUCCUAAGGUCCCCCCCUUCCCUGCAAUGCUUGGGAAAAACACACUGAUGGGGUGAGGAGGAGUGGGGUGCGUCUGGUGAAGAGAAAGGGGGGCUAGUGAGGACUCAUGGCUUCCUGGAGCCCUCCCCCCACUCCUCUUGUGCCCUCCUCCCAACCCCCCUCCCUCUGGCCUGGCCACUUCUGGUUCUAAUUACCAACCAGGCAGGCCUGACUUAAUUGAGACCUUUCGGAUUUUGGAGGAGGAAGGGGGAGCCUGACAGCCUGAAGUUGACUAAUCAAAGGUCCUCCUCCCUUGUUUUGGGGGUACUCCCCACUUUGCACUUAAUUUUUUUUGCCGCUGGCCAGAUUCGGAUUCAAAAACCUAUCCCCUCUUUUUUCUUUUUUUGGGGUGGCUACAUUUGAAAUGGGGCGCUAAGGGUUGGGGCACGGGGGGAGGAGCUCACAGUGGGUUGGAAAGAGUAUUGCAUUCUCUCUCUUUUCCUGCUUCAAGCCCCCUAGUCAGCUCUGCCAUCCUAGUUUCCCCCCACCCAAUCCACAGUCAGGCUCUUAUUUCCCAGUCCUCACCCCCACCCCCGUCCCUGGCAGCCACCCUGGUCCCUCCUCCGCGCCUUCCCCCAUCUACUGUGGCACCCCUUCCUGCUGUAUUCUUCCAACAGGCGCCCCACUCCCGCGGCACCCCAGUGCGCCCCCCACCCGGUACAACAGAUUCUUAGAAAAGCGCGCUCCGCCCUGGCCCAGCCACAGCCGCCAGGCGGGGGAAGGGGCCGGGCCGGGCGCCGCUCCCGCUCCCCCGGCGCUCCUCGUGUGAGCUGCGCUGACAGAGCCGGCUGGGCCGGCCCGCCGGGCAGCCGGGCAGCCGGGCGGCAGGCGGGCGGGGCGCGGGGGAGGGGGCGGUUUCCGGGAGUCGCCGCCACUGGCGCUGUCUCGGGGCCAGGGUCCCCGAUUCGGCUCGACCGGGCAAGGGCAAACUUCUGACGUGGCCAACCCCACUCCCCCCCGCCCCUCUCACCCGCUUCUCCGCCAGGCGAGGGCGCUCAGUGCGGGAAGGGGCAACCAAGGAAGCAGUGUGGCACCCCUUGGAGAUCUGAGGGGCACUCAGUGUGACACUAAGGAGGAGGGGCCGUAAUUGCGGAGGGGGCACUUGGCACUUUGGGACAGUUGGCACCAUAGAAACUCCGGGAGAGGGGAGUUGGCACUCAGGAGGGCAGUUUCAUCUGAGGCACAAUUGGCACUGUAGGGACGGUUUGGGGGGUAGUUUUGUGCUCUCAAAGUGAGGUCAGGUUUGAGGAAGAGGCAUUGAGAGAGGCGAGGCACUCAGGGAGUGUCGGUCGCGGGAUGGGGCUUCGGGGAUUUGGAAGGAGGCGGCCCGGGACGCAACGGAGGGAGGACAGCUGAGGCUAGGAGGGGUAGACUCUCGCUUGCGCUGGAGCGGGCGGGGGGACUCCGCGGCGGCGCUGGAGACCGCCUGGGCGGGGUGGGGCGGGGCCGGGUCAGGAGGAGGUGAGCGCGCCCGGCCACCCGCCCCGAGGGGGGUUCCCGGAGAGUUCACGGCGGGAGCGCGCUCCGGCCCUUGGACAAGGGGUGGGGAGAACGGGAAGGAAGGAGGAGGCAGUGCGCGCUGAGCCGCAGGAAUGUACUGUUCGGCUCCGACGCGCGCGCGCGCGCAAGGAGGGAGAGGGAGGAGUCAGGCCUGGGAAUGAGAGGGGUGGAGGUAGUGCAGGUCCAGUACCCUGGGAGAGCUGCGGCGGACCUCCACGUUCUCUUUUCCCCCGUCAUCAACGCGCCCCUGUAUUGACGCGUGUAAAAAAGAGAGGGUGUGGGGGAGGGGAAAAACUCCCUUCCCCCUACCCAGACCUGGGCACGCGCCUAAGUGCAAAUGCGUGUAAAGCCUUUGGGCUAUGGAAAGUAUGCUUGCAAGCAUUCUCCCGAGCUAGGUUUGUUGGACAAUAGUGUGCACUUAUGAUUUUAUGAGCGUGCAGACAUACAUGUGCACUAUUGCAUAUUUGCAAAUGCUUGGUGCCUGCCAAGAUAAAUGCAUGCACAGAUGUGUGUCUAAGCAAGCGCGCGCGCUGCGGAGCGAGUGUACGUAUGUGUUUGUGUGUGCGCUCCACUCUCAGCUCUGCUCAUCUUGGUGCCCGGCCCCCUUCUCUCUCCAAGCCCCACCCCCUACCCCUCCGGGCUUCGCUUUUACAAAAGGUCUCCCAGUGCUUGCUGCUGAGGCGCCCAGAGUAAGCUGGACUGAGGCUGAAGCUGCAGCCCCGGCUUCGCGCCCCGCCCAGUCCCUUUCCCCUGCUGGGGAUCCCCCUCUUCCCCGCCCACCCCUUACCCCGCAUGCAGCCUAGCGCCCUAUGCUAGCCCUCCCCCUCCCCCCCGCAGGAGCAGGGCGCCGCCGGGGGAGGAGGGGGAAUCGGCUGCGGGUCCUUGGUGUUCCUAGCACCCAGCUUCCCUCCAAGCCGGGUCGCGAUGUACGACUGCAUGGAAUCGUUUGCCCCGGGUCCGCGACGGCUAUACGGGGCGGCCGGGCCCGGGGCCGGCAUGCUGCGCAGAGCUACCGGCGGCUCCUGUUUCGUUGGACUUGAGUCUUUUGCUUGGCCGCAAACCGCCAGUCUGCAAUCGGUGGAGACACAAAGCACUAGCUCAGAGGAGAUGGUGCCCAGCUCGCCCUCGCCCCCUCCGCCUCCUCGGGUCUAUAAGCCAUGCUUCGUGUGCAAUGACAAGUCCUCUGGCUACCACUAUGGGGUCAGCUCUUGUGAAGGCUGCAAGGGCUUCUUCCGCCGCAGCAUCCAGAAGAACAUGGUGUACACAUGUCACCGCGAUAAAAAUUGUAUUAUCAACAAAGUGACCAGGAAUCGCUGCCAGUACUGCCGACUGCAGAAGUGCUUCGAAGUGGGCAUGUCUAAGGAAGCUGUGAGGAAUGACCGGAAUAAGAAGAAGAAAGAGGUAAAGGAAGAAGGGUCACCUGACAGCUAUGAGCUGAGCCCACAGUUAGAAGAGCUCAUCACCAAGGUCAGCAAAGCCCAUCAAGAGACCUUCCCCUCGCUCUGCCAGCUGGGCAAAUACACCACGAACUCUAGUGCAGACCACCGGGUACAGCUGGAUCUGGGGCUGUGGGACAAGUUCAGUGAGUUGGCCACCAAGUGCAUCAUCAAGAUCGUGGAGUUUGCCAAGCGGUUGCCCGGUUUUACAGGGCUUAGCAUUGCUGACCAGAUUACUCUGCUUAAGGCUGCCUGCUUGGACAUCCUGAUGCUGCGGAUCUGCACAAGGUACACCCCAGAGCAGGACACCAUGACCUUCUCAGAUGGGCUGACCCUGAACCGGACCCAGAUGCACAAUGCUGGCUUCGGACCCCUCACAGACUUGGUCUUUGCCUUUGCUGGGCAGCUCCUGCCUCUGGAGAUGGAUGACACGGAGACAGGGCUGCUCAGUGCCAUCUGCCUCAUCUGUGGAGACCGCAUGGAUUUGGAGGAGCCUGAAAAAGUGGAGAAGCUGCAGGAGCCGCUGCUGGAAGCCCUUAGGCUGUACGCCCGGCGCCGGCGGCCCAGCCAGCCCUACAUGUUCCCACGGAUGCUCAUGAAAAUCACCGACCUCCGGGGCAUCAGCACUAAGGGAGCAGAAAGGGCCAUUACCCUGAAGAUGGAGAUUCCAGGCCCGAUGCCUCCCCUGAUUCGAGAGAUGCUGGAAAACCCUGAAAUGUUUGAGGAUGACUCCUCACAGCCUGGUCCCCACGCCAAGACCGAGCAUGAGGCUCCCAGGGGCCAGGGCAAAAGAGGCCAAAGUCCCCAACCUGACCAGGGCCCCUGACCUCCCCCACUGUGGGGUUGGGGCGCCAGGUAGCAGACUGACCAUCUCCCAGACACUACUAGUGACUGGUAGAGGACCUGCUCUGCCCUCUCCCCACCCCUUCCAAUGAGUUCCUUGUUUUUGCCAAAGUUUCCAGGGAUGCUGCUGUGUUCAUCCCCUUCCUGUUCUAACUGGCUCCCUCACCAGUUCUGGGGGCCUGCCCUGCUCAAACCAGGAGAGAGGGCAGAGGUGUGAGGCUGGGUUUGGACUCUAAAAUCUUAGCACUGCCCUUCAUAUGGCAGGAUCCUUGGCUCCCCAGGGCAGGAGGAAGACCCUGCCAUUCCACAGACCCCUCCUCUGCCAGGUGCUUGGGCCUCUGGGAGCAAACAGGAACACUAGAGACAAAAAGGGGUAAAACGGGGGAGGGCUGAGCCCACCCUCUUGCUCCUGCCCUUGGUGCCUGAUGCUAUAUGAUGCACCUGGUGGGUGCAUGCUGCCCUCUGUGCCCCAUCCUUGUGCCAGAUCAAGGUGGUGGCAGCCUGGGCUUUGCAUUUCUGGGGUGAAAGGGACAAAUACAGGUCCAUUCUGCACCUCUUUGCUCGGGGGUGGAGUUUACCCUAUGCCCUCCAUUAUGAGUUGCUCCCCCAGCCCUGUCACAUGCCUUGGGCUCCUCUUGCCCCCAUCUCAGCCAUGGGCCAGGGAUGCUCCUACACUACAGAGGGGCUGGGGGAUCCCUCUCUCCCUAGUGCCUUUCACCCUUGAACCCCCAAGAGCAGCUUGACCCAGGGAGGGGGGAUGCUGCUUGGCUGAUCCCGCCCUGACCCAGAGGAAGCCUCUAUUUAUUUAUUAGCUUUUGUUUACACCCUGGAAUUGACCCCUUCCUCCAGGGGUCUUGGGUGGGGGAGCCCAGGGCCCCUGUGACCCUUCAUUUUCUCCAAUCCCAAGUUUGUAUUUAGCUGCCAAAUAAAAUUCCCACUGGCUCCCCUUUUUCUCUGGGGGGGGUCAGGGUGCUGUCCCCUCUCCUCUGUUUACAUCUCCCCUCCACCCCGCUGUAUUGCAUAUUGCUGAGUUUUCUAUUUUUGCAAAAUAAAGUGAUGGAAACUCA